AUGGUAUGAGUCAGUGUACCACCUCUGUUGCAGUCAGGAGACCCAACUGGAUGAGGCUACACUGGGUGGCCAGAGGAGUCACCUUCCUGGAAGGGGAUGAGGCCAGGAGGGAGGUUGCGCAGGCACGGGGCCCAGGGCUCCACCAAGCAACUGUCAUGGCUCCGAGGAGAUGGGGGCGCCUGCCAACGUACCCCGCCCCAUGAUCUCAUAGCUGCGUUUGCCAGGCGCUGGCUCAGGGAGCAGGCGCUGGCAGCAAGGGUUGGGCACAGAGCCCAAGGACAAGAAGGCGGGAAGGCCUCAAGGGACAACAACAGAGCCGUCUCCAUGGGGCUGAGACGCGAGGUCCCUCCAGCCUCCAGAUGCCACCUUUGGCUAGUGACGCCCCAUCUCGGCUCCUCUUCCCAGGCCCCCCGAUUGCCCACCCACCCCCAAAGGACAACAGAAAAGGGGAGGAGAGACUCCCUCUUCCUCCCCAAGGGUCAGUCUCUCCAUUUGCAUCUCUUUCGGCUUCUCUCUGCUCCAAAUCGCUGGCCCUGAACAGGAUGCUACCAUUUCGAAGCAUGGAGAGCUUGCUGGGCGGGAGACGGAUGGUCAAAUAUUGCCAUUCUUGAGGGUGCUACAGGCACGCAUCUAAAUGCCAGCUAAAAGUGACUAUGAAUCCCUAAAUAGAUGCCUCUGUCCUGGUUCAGGCUGUCCCCAGAGGUGUCAACCCUAGUCCCAAGGCUCUCCUGAGUAUUGAUCCUCAACUCUUCCUCCCGAGGAGGCCCCCCACAAGAACUCCCCUCCACCCACCACGAUAUCCACCUCUGGGGUCAAGAGACCCCUCCACGCGGCUCUAGUUGGAUAAAAUGCCACUCUUGGACUCAGCACGGGGACACCUGGUGGAAACCCCAGGCCUCAGAGUGAAGAGUCAUCUGCGUCUGAGGACUGCAGUCAGAGCCCUGCUGGGCCAUCAGAGGCUCCAUUUGCCUCUUGAUUCAAAGGUGAAUCCCUCAGUUUGGGCGGACAGCUCUGUCCCUCGGGGUGCUCUGUCUGCUCCCCAUUGCACUCUCACCUCAGCCAGCCUCCCUCUGCAUGCCUCCCUCUCCCCAGCAGGGAGCCCUAGCCAGUCGUACCCCUUCUACCUGCUCAGCCCUGCUUCCUGGCUGACCCUCCUACAGGGCGCCACCCGGGAUUUGCCCCUCUCCCUCCUCAACCACUGCCCAGCACUACUGCCAGAGGCACGUCUGCUGUUCCCACCUUGGACCGCAGCCUGGGAUGUGCCGGUCACCCUGCAGUGAACGCCUCGAAAACCACAGCAGUGGUUUUCCUCAAAUCCUGGGUCUAUCCCACCCUCUCCCCCACCCACAGAAUCUAUCCUCCCCUCCCAACUCCUGGCCUUCCAGGUCCCUCUCUGUAUAGGAAGUGGGUAGACUAAGGGUCCCUCCCAUUCAGGAGCUCUGUGAAUCUGAGGUUUCUCUCCGCCGCCCCAAGCCCAGGCCCAGGCCCGAAGCAGCCACGCAUGGAGACGGGCUGACUGCAGGUCU